UCUUCUCUCUCUUUAUAUUUCACUCUCUCUCUCUCUUUCUCUUUCUCUGUCUGAAGGGAGGAAACUUGAAAGAGAAAACGAUGGCUUUCGCUUCCUUUCUUGGGAGAGUCCUCUUUGCUUCUGUUUUCAUUCUCUCUGCUUACCAAGAGUUUAAUGAAUUUGGGAUCGAUGGAGGCCCAGCUGGGAAGGCUCUCAAACCAAAGUUCAAAGUGUUUACAAAUCAUGUACACUCUACUAUUGGAGUUCAAGUUCCCAAAACUGAAACUAAACAUUUAGUUGCUUCAAGUAUAGCUUUCAAGGGCGUCGGGGGCCUUCUCUUCAUAUUUGGCAGCUCUUUUGGAGCCUAUUUACUGCUUCUGCAUCAGUUGAUUACAACUCCAAUUUUAUAUGAUUUCUACAAUUAUGACAAUGACGAGAAAGAAUUUACUCAACUUUUUGUCAAAUUUACACAGAAUAUGGCUCUCUUUGGGGCGCUGCUGUUUUACAUAGGAAUGAAGAAUUCAAUUCCAAGGAGACAACUUAAGAAAAAGGUCCCAAAAUCAAAAACCACCUAGAGGAAAGUGCAUAUUGGUUGCAUGAGAUUUGUCAUCAAAGGAGAGCUUAGUGGGAUUCACUUUUCGUUUAUUUAUGAAAUUGAAUACAUUUCUUUUCUUCCAGGAUUUUCAUAUGAUAUUAGGACUUUACCAACCUCCCCAAACAAAGAAAAGAACAUUUUUUAGAAUCAUGUAGUGUACAUCACUUAUUUUAUGGGGAUAAGUUAUGUUUUUUUUUUUAUAUACUCCACUAUCUCUUUAUUCUUGAUUUGGGUCUGGAAGUGACGUGCUACCAGUUUUGUUGAAGAGGUUUGCAUAGUGCAGGAGUAUGAAGGUGCCAUGAACGGAUGUAAGAUCUUAGCAGCAGUAUAUAAUAUCUGUUUUAGAACUGGUGCUGCUUUAGAACUGGAACCAAGAUAUGGACCUUUCUUA